AUGGCGUCUGACACGGCUGAAACAAUCGUCAGCGUCCUCGCGACCAUCGCUACAGCCUGUAUCUUCCUUAGUAUGGUGCCUGGAAUUUGGGCAGCGCACAAGAAGCGAAGUGUGGCAGGCGUUAACUACUACCCACUUGCAAUGAUGUAUGCCCAGUCCGCUGGUUGGGUUAUCUACUCUUGGGCUGAUCACUCAUUUUUCCCCGUCGGAGCCAUCAACUGUCUCGGCGUGAUACUCGGUGCAAUCUUCUCGGGCGUCUGUAUCGUGCACGAGAAGGAAUUCCGCGUGCGCUACUUAGCAUUCUUCGUUCUCGUCUUCACCAUAACGGUCGCUUUGGUGUUGUACCGAUUUCUGAGCUCUCAAGACGACGACGAUAUCGCCAAAGUGCUAGGCUGUUGUGCAGAUGUCCUAGCUAUUACCAUGUUUGGGGCUCCAUUGUUGCAGCUUGGAGAAGUCGUCAAGACGAAGAAUUCCGAGGUCAUUGCAGCCCCCAUGGCUAUCUCUGGUGCCAUUAACGGUGUACUUUGGUCAAUUUACGGAGUCAUGGAAACCGAUUACUAUGUAAUCGUGCCGAAUACCAUCAGUGGGUGUUUGUGUUUUGUCCAAGUUUUUCUAAUCGUCAUUUUUCCACGGAAAAGCAGCGACGACAAAACGCACAAGCUUUUGGAGAACGGUUCUGUUAGCGAUGUACAAGCUGCGUAA